UCUCUCUUUAAAAAGACCUAUUUAAUGCAAACUACAGAUUUUACCAGAUAAAUUAAGAAUAUAAACAAGUCACUUUAUCAAAAACUGAUUGCGGAUUCUGCCUUGUGACAGGAAUGUUGUUUCUGGCUCAAAAUGACUUGAUAUCAUUAAUGAGAAAUAUGUUUGACAUAUUAUUGGCCAAAAAGUAAUUUACAACAGUUUAAAUACAGCCAAUCAUUUUUUGGCAGAUACCGUGUCGUACCAAAGUAGGUACCCCCAGACAAACACCGGAAAUCCCAUUUUGGCAGACGAUCACUUUUGGGCACUAGGGUGGCCAUGUCGUAGGCUGUACAAAGACCCAGGGAAGAAACUAGGCCGCAGGUUUAGAGAGAUUUGUGAAGCAUAAAUCUCCCGGUAAACUCUGCAGAGAUUCACAGCAGAAGUCUAAAUCACGCGUUAAUAACGAGAUUCGCCGGUCAGGGCUGCUGAAUCCUUGUCUGACAAAAUGUUGACAGCAAUGGAAACUGUGUUUCCAUCCAGAUGUUUGAGUUUAUUACAUAUCUGCAGGUUGAUGGAAUCCAUGAUGUGCGUCUCCAAAGCGAGACAGUUGACACAACAGACGCUGUUAAUUAUUCAGUUAUUCCCAACACAGAUAAGUGAGCUGUUAUUGGAAUCAACUCUAAACUUUAUUAUUAAAUACGUAUGGGCGACGUAUGUGACACGUGAAACAAACACAAACAUCGCAGGGGGGUGGUGUAUACGAAAAUCAGAAGAAUUGGGAUAUAUAAUAAAUAUUUUUUAUAAAAAUGUUUUAAAUAAAAAAACAGGUGUUAUGCUGAGGACACGAAAUAAUCUGGCUUGCCUGUAGGUGGGGUAAUACGUCUUUCUACCACUGUUUUACUUGAAGAAGAAGACGUAAUGCGGAAGUUUGCUCUCACUUAGGAAGAUUUGUUUUUACUGAAAGUAUUUCUUAGUUACGCUUUGAUGAUUCUUUUUAAACCCCUAAAAAUAUUUAUCACAUUCGCUUUGAGGACAUGGCUGUUUUAGAUAGCAUCAGGUGAACUCGCAGGUUGCCGUAGUUCAUGAUAUUUCAGCACUUUGUUGGAGUUCCUGCAGGCAGUAUCCUCAGUUUUGAUGGAUCUUUCACGGGCUGUCUUAAUAUUGUGAGAACUAUACUGAGUUCAGUUUAAUGUCACAGGCCACUGCUCAUGUUAUGCAAACCAGCAGAUGUUUGUUUACCAGGUUUAUGCCACCAAAGGAAACGUGAGUAGAGAAACUGCAGCUGGUCUUAGAUAAUAAAUAUGCUGGACUGUAUGUCGUCGGUGUGGUUCUGGUUUGGAUCAGAUCGGCCUGGAUUCUGCCUGGGAACCUCUUUAUUAAUAACACUCAUGCUGCUGAUGUAUGCUGGGAGCAUCCAGGCAAGUCUCAGUGUUGGUCCAGGAGGAGACUUCCCGAGGUUCACAGAUGUAUUUCUGUACGCUCUCAGUCAUGAUGAGCUGCCCUCUCUGCUGGUCAGCGUUGCUCUGCUGCUCCUGUUUGGACCCUGUCAGGAGCGUCGCUGGGGGACAGUCGCCUUACUUCUCCUCUCCAUUCUGACAGUAAUCAUGCUACCUUUUCUUUACACACUGCUCCUCUUUGUUGGUGGGGGUGAAGCAAGUCGGAUCUAUGGCUUCUCUGCCAUCCAGCUCGCUCUGUUUACAGCACAGUGUCGACAGGUGACACAGAGGAGGCUGCUGAGAUGUCUGCCAGUCUGGUUUCUCCCCUGGCUUCUUCUUCUGAUUGGUCUGCUGCUGCUGCCCGGGACACCUGCUCUACUUCACUUCUGUGCAAUAUGCAUCGGGCACAACUAUCGUCAGCCCUUUAUCGGGAUGUUACAGGAGCUGGAGGAGGCCAGUGUCUUGGAUUUUAUUCCUGACUGGAUGUAUGUUUCGACCUCAGCCAGAUUAAGGUUGCCCACCUAUGCUACCUCACACAGAUCUAGACCAAUUUCUCAGACGAUGCCUGUAGAUCAGUCAGCUGCUGUCCCAGUGAACCAACCCUCUGUUUCAAACCACCAUUCAUGGAUUGAACCAUUGCCUGCCUGGAUAAUGGAGGAGUCUACUGCAAUUGCUGAGGCAGAGGUGCUGGAGGAGGAGAUGCUAAGGGCAGGGAUACUGGCCUCAUUACAGGAUGCUCCUGAUGAGCCUGAUCCAAAAGUGGAGGUUCCUAAAUCAUCAGUUUCCUCUCUGCGACUUCAGCAGCUGCAGAAGAUGGGCUUCCCCACAGAGAAAGCUGUAGUGGCUCUAGCAGCAUCAAAACAGCUAGAUGGCGCCAUCUCCCUGCUUAUUGAAGACAACAUUGGAGAACAAGCAGUGGUGGUAUCUAAGGGAAAGAGCCCACUGCCACCACAAAACACCUAGGCCACCUCCCUGAUGAGUCUUUAUCUGGACAGAAGUUAUGCUUGGGUUUUGCUGAGCUUCAGUAUUUUCCCUGUGGGUUACUUGAAAAACAAUUUUAAUGAUCAGAAUUAGAGCUGUGAGUGUAGAUGCAGACUUCACUCUUUGACCUUCUGUGUGCGCAAAUAUAAAUGUACGUCGGAGAGAGUGGAUGUCAUUUAUUUAAUUUAUAAAAGUGUUUAAUGAAUACUGUCCCAGCACAAAUGAAAAGAGGUGUCAU